UUUCUCAUCCUUUGAAAGCUUUUCUCGAUUUCUCUCCUUCUUUUACCAGUGACUUUAUGCCAGCACGUGACCCCCCUUUCGCCACCCUUGUGAUCUCCAGUCUUAACCCCCCUAUUGCUGGGUGGGUUUUUAUCCUUUUUUUUUCCCUCGCAGAUGGUAGCCUGGGGUGAUUAAAGGCUGUCAGUGCCGCGCUGCCGCCCUUGCCCUGGUCCUAGCAAUACUUUCCGCUCGAGCUGUUUCAGAUUUUGCCAUCGUCUGUCUGCCCCGAGCCUGCUCUUGCUCGAGCUCAGCCUUCACUCGCGUCGCGGUAGGUGGUCCGAAGAUAGCCCGAGCCCGACCAACAGCCAUGAUGCGCCUCCUCGCGCUCGCCACCGCCACCGUCCUGUCCCUCACCGUUGCAGCCUCGGAUGGCGAGGAGCCGUACAUCCGCACCUUUUUCUACGCCGGGGGCGAGUACGUGGACGAUGGCAGCGGCGGCAACGUUUUCCGCGGCCAGAUGUACGUCGAGAAGCUCGUCCCCGCCGGCGGCGUGAUACAGACCAGGCCCGUCGUCCUGAUCCACGGGCAGGCACAGACUGGCUCCAACUUCCUCAACAAGCCCGACGGCGGGCGCGGAUGGGCGUCCCAGUUCGUCCGCCAGGGCUACGAGGUCUACGUCGUCGACCAGACGCUCCGGGCGCGGUCGGCCUGGCAGCCGGGCUACGGCGCGGCGUCCCCGUCGACGUAUCCGGCCGAGAUGCUGCAGCGACGCUUCACGGCGCCGGCGCGGUACGGCCUCUGGCCGCAGUCGGCCAACCACACUCAGUGGCCCGGGGCCGGCGUCAUGGGCGACCCGGUAUUCGACGCCUUCUACGCGUCAAACGUGCAGUUCGUCGCCAACGCCACGCUGCAGCAGUCCACCAUGGCGGCCGCCGGCGCGGCGCUGCUCGACCGCGUCGGCCGCCCGGCCGUGCUCGUCGGCCACAGCCAGGGCGGCGCGCUGCCGCUGCUGCUAGCCGACGCGCGCCCGUCCCUGGCCGCGGGCCUGGUGCUGCUGGAACCGGCCGGUCCGCCCUUUCGCGAGGCCGUGUUUGGCGACCGCCCGGCACGCCCGUACGGCGUGGCCGACGUCCCGCUCGCCUACGACCCGCCCGUGUCCGACCCGGCGGUAGAUCUGGUGCGGGAGGAGCGACCAGCGCGCGACGGGGACGGCGCGUCGUCGGUCCGGUGCGUCCUGCAGGCCGAACACGACCCCGCGCCGCGCCGCCUGGCGAACCUGGCCGACAAGGGCAUCCUGAUCGUGACGGGCGAGGCGUCGUACCACAUGCAGUACGACUACUGCACCGCCGCAUUCUUGAGACAGGCGGGCUGCGGCAGGACGGAGCACGUCGAGCUCGGCGAGAGGGGGAUCCACGGCAACGGGCACAUGUUCUUUAUGGAGCGCAACAGCGACCAGAUCCAGGCUCUGGUGCACGACUGGAUCCAGCGCCUGGGCUAGGCGGAGGGAGCAUCGCUCGGGGUGGAUUUCUCUGGUUAUUAGUAACGUAAUCUAAUGGAACGCGCUGCCCGGGCAUGCCAAUGCCAGCGUGUGAGGCCAGAGGUGGGAUAAUGAGCCAAACCGUGGUGCCAAAUUCUACGAAGCCCAAGGAUUCAAGGAGGAUGUUAAUGUUGGUGGUGACCCAAUCUCAUUUACAAUCCCAUGCUGCCCAUUUUGGGCCCACAUCUGCUGUGACGGCAGCGGGAUAUGAACCAUGUCCGCGGAACCAAAUACUUGUAGCCAUGGUAUAACGAUAUUGGAAGAACAGAUCCACUAGCGUUAGAUAUAAUCGGAUACGAGGGACGGGACACUCACGUUUCGCAGAGGUCGGAAGCAGAAUGGAAAAGCUCAUGUUGAAGAUGGUAGAGAAAAGAUUCCAAACGCCGCGCAAUGUAAGAAAAAAAAGACCCAGCCCAAAAAGCAAACCCAAACGCCACCGCUGCCCACGCUAUCCGAUCCAGGAUGAAAAAAAGCAACCAUUGCCAAG